UCAUCAGUAUGUGUUUGUUACUGGUCUAAGAUUGGGUGGAGACUCACAAGGGGGCAAUGGUCACAAGUAACCCAAACCCCAAACGGUAAUGUAUGCUGCUUCACUCAUUCAUUGAAAAGUUGUACAGAAUGUGACAAUUGUUAUUUAUUUAAGCAGGGCAUUUCUGUCAGCAGUACUGGGCUCAAACUUCGAUGUGCCUUUUGGCCACAUAGGGGCAGCCUUAAGGUGUCACUGGCUGGUCUGAUAACAGUAGGGACACAGAAAAGGGUGCAGACAAGCUAUCUUAUCAGAAGUAGCCAGCUGCAAAUACACAGGUUUUCAUGACGUCACUCUGCUUGUGGAAAUACAUGAACUCCAACUACUGUUCAUCUGUGGACAGCACACAGGGAGACACCUAAUCAAAGGAAGGGUGCUCUGGGGUGCAGGAGGCUCAGAGCUGUCUCAGAUUUAAUCACCAAGUGGAUGCGCCUUAUAUUAUUUGUCCUAUGGAGUGCAUUGCUCCUCCUGAGCUAAUACUCAGUUAAAGUCAAGUGAAAAAGGGCUAAUUUAUCAACAUUUCUUUUUUGCUUAAAUUGAAUGUUUUAUGGUCAAAGAAAAGCUGUGAUAAAUUGCAUUUCCAGUUAGGCUAUAUCAUAUGUAAGGGUUUUCACAUGAUCUAUUACAGCAUACUGCAUAUGCAGGUUCUCACUUGCAUAUGCAUACUGAGAAGUUGCUCUUUUGUAGAGCUAACUCUAGUGUGGUUGAGAAAACAUGUCUAAACACACCAGAUGUAGUUUUUAGGUCUUGGUAAUAUUCAAAGGUUCUGAAAAAUCACAUGUUAAAAUCCCUUAAAUCAGUCUUUUUGAUUUGAAACUAAUUGAUUUUGCUGUUAUUCAUUGGCAUAAGGUCUACAUGAAUCCCCUCAUACAUGUCAUGUGAUAAGACUCUCUAAACUUCUUAAAGCAGUUGAAAGGUUUCAGGAAACCUACUCUCUGGACCACCUACAGUAUGGUACAAUAACUCUAUCCCCCAUAUAAGCUAUAAUGGAACCUGUCACUACUGUUAUCUUUAGAGGAAGGUCCACCCUUUUCCUGUUCUGCAGACUGAACAAACAAAAAGUUUUAGUAAACUACAAGAGGGAUCAUCUCCCACAGAUUUUCCAAAAUGUAUUCAUGUCAAGGACACCCACCGCCCCCCGUUUUGUGUGAAUCUAAUGAGAUUGUUUAUUGCUGAAUAUGAUUUGAUAUGGGGCAGCAGAAACGUGUAGGUGUGGAGAGUGAAAUCAGUGAUCAAAUUAGUGAAAUAAGUCACCCUUAUUACAGUUUCAAAUGAGUGACAUGACAGUAAAAAUGUACUAACUGCUUCUCAUUUCGUCCAAGUAUAAACCUGUGAGAACUCGACUUUUGACGCGAGUAGUAUCGACUGGUGAAGUACGGAGUGAGUGUGAGUGACAAGCCCGCUACCACGGCCGCCCACUCGCAGACAAGCUGGGUGACUCUUAAUUGUGUAAUGUUCAUUGACGAGUCAGCACAAUACUGCUGAGACCGCCGAGGCGCACUUAGCCGAGCAGAGCGAUGCAAUGCUCCCAUCGAGGAGAACACAGAUGGACAGCCUAGUUCAGCCGCUCGUCGCCCAGUACCUCGCCAUGGGAUGUCAAUCAAAAGAAAACAACCAAAACGAAAGUAUAACGUCCGACGAAAAGGGAAAGGAAGAUGGGAGAGUGACUCCAGGAUGCAGCUCCAGGUCUAGAGUUUCUCCUCCAGGCCGUCCUCACAGGUUCCACAAGCCCAGCCCGGCCCAGACCGUCCCGGGUAAAUCCAUGAUGUCCCUGGGACACCUCACCAAAGGGGCAAACUGGGAGGAGCUCAUCCAAGCCUGUCUGCAGUCCUUCGACUCGGAUGGUUGUGUAUGUGGGAGCAGCCACCUGUUGAACAUCAGCCUGACCAUGCACCGUCUCCUCAUCUCCUCCAGUGAUCUGCUGGACAAACUCAUCACUCUAUUUAAACUAGCGCUGGACAAUGAGCAGCCGGCAGAGUGCCAGAGAAUAUGCUACUUCAUCAGGCAUUGGAUCCAGGAAUUCUGGAUGAUGUUCCGGUUGCACCACAGCUUGUCAGACAGCCUGGACCAGUUCCGGGAGCUGAUCAGAGAGCAGGGACAGGAGCAUCUUUGCUCUCUCCUAGAGACCAAAUGGAUAAAUGAACGGGACUGGUCGUGGAAGGCCAGCCAGAAGAUCAAAGCUAACAGCAGUAAAAAGAGGAAGGUCUCUCUUCUUUUUGAUCACCUGGAGCCCAUUGAGCUGGCUGAACAUCUCACCUACCUGGAAUUUAAGUCCUUCUGCAGGAUAUCAUUUGUAGACUAUCAGAAUUACAUUCGCAACUGCUGCAUGAAGGACAUCCCUGUGAUGGAGCGUUCCAUCGCCCUGUGUAAUGGUAUCUCCCAGUGGGUUCAGCUGAUGGUGCUGAGCAGGCCAACGGCUCAGCUGAGAGCUGAGGUUUUCACCAAGUUUAUCCACGUGGCCCAGAGUCUACAUCUUAUGCACAAUUACAACACACUAAUGGCAGUGGUGGGAGGGCUGUGUCACAGCUCGAUCUCCAGACUGAAGGACACCACCUCACAUGUACCCAGUGAGGUCAUCAAGGUACUGAACGAGAUGACUGACCUGCUGUCCUCCUGCAGAAACUACGACAACUAUAGACAAGCUUACAACAGGUGUACAGGUUUUAAAAUCCCUAUCCUGGGAGUCCACCUCAAAGACCUGAUUUCGGUCAAUGAGGCCAUGUCAGACUAUGUGGAAGACAACAAGGUGAAUGUCCAGAAGCUCCAGGCACUCUACAGCCACAUUAAUGAGCUGAUCCAGCUCCAGCAGAUUCCUCCCAGGCUGGACGCUAACAAGGACCUGGUCCAUCUGUUAACGCUGUCCUUGGACCUUUACUACUCUGAGGAUGAGAUUUAUGAACUGUCUUAUGCCAGGGAACCCAGGAACUGUAAAGCACCUCCAGCUACCCCCUCUAGACCUCCAGUGGUUGUGGACUGGGCAUCAGGAGUUGCUCCUAAACCCGACCCCCGAACCAUCAGCAAACAUGUACAGAGAAUGGUGGACUCCGUCUUUAAGAACUACGAUCACGACGAGAACGGCUUCAUUUCUCAAGGGGAAUUUGAGAAAAUUGCUGCUAGCUUUCCUUUUUCCUUCUGUGUCAUGGACAAAGAGAAGGAAGGCCUCAUCAGCAGAGAGGAGAUCACAGCCUAUUUCAUGCGGGCCAGUGUCAUCUGCUCCAAACUAGGUCUUGGCUUUGUCCACAACUUCCAGGAGACCACUUACAUGAAACCCACCUUCUGUGACAACUGCUCAGGAUUUUUGUGGGGUGUCAUCAAGCAAGGCUACAGAUGCAAAGACUGCGGGAUGAACUGCCACAAGCUGUGCAAGGACCAGGUGGCGUUUGAGUGCAAGAAGAACACCAAAAUGACCAACGCCAUAGACAGUCCGACAACGAGCUCCACGUCUGUCACCAUGGGCACCUCAGAGGGUUCAGAGGAGUGCCCUUUCCCCUACCCGCCAGAUGACAGCAAAGACUGGAGGCCAGACUCCCCGGUCACCUCCCAUUCGAGGCCUCGGAAGGUCCAUAGUGGCACCCAGACAGAGGGACCCCAACUUUCCUCUGCAUCCCCUGAGGCCAGCCGCCUUAAGCCUUCUCUGCUGGUCCCAGCAGCACCCACCAUCACCGCGUGUCCCAGCCCGGUGCCCCAGAGAAAACAGCGAUACUGUGCCAAAUGGGAAAACAGAGCGUCUGUUGUGCCAAAGGAGCCAGAGGGUGAGAGCAAACCCACCUAUGAAUCUCUGGAGUUAGACAACCUGAGGCUCCAGAAAGCCAACGAGACACUACGUAGGAAGCUGAAGGAGGCAGAGCGGGAGAUAGAGAUACUAAAGACACUGCUGAGGAGGCACGCUCUCCACCCUGUGGAGGAGGACUCCUCCUCCUAGACACAUACACACACUGGAAUUCCUCCAGGGAGACUGGUGCUGCCCCCGUAUGGCAGCAUGUAUAAAUCUGGUUCCAAUGUUUAACUUAUUGGUCAUGAACAAUGCAAGUAAUUUAUCAGUAUAACAAUACCCAGGCAAUUUGGCAUCACAUGGUAUAAAGUGAGAUACAAUGCACAUAGCCAGUGGUUUAAAGCUAAUACACAGUCAAUCAAAAAAAGCCAAUCAGUAUGUCACCAAUAAUGAGAUUAAGGACAUUUCUGAGGUGUGUAUGGAUUUUUUUAAAGCAGCUACAGUGCACAGUACAGAAAAUACAGUAAACGGGCUAAAAAGGCUGUAGUGGUAUAUUUAAAGAAGUUUUAAGUGAGCAGAAGGAGCCCCUUUACUGUAAUUGUACUGUUCACAGAGGAAUGAAAGUCGUUGCAAUGAGCAUUACUCACUUUAUGUAGUGAACCAUUAAGAGUAGUUGAAUGGAGUUUCCUGUGUUAAAGGUAUAUAAACAUAACACAUUACUGAAUGAAGGAGUGCAGUAUUUUAGAGUGAAAAUAGAGCAGAAGGUGUUUGAUCAAUUCCUGAUCAAUAAUGAGACUAGCUUUUUAUGUUAAACAUAAAAUGGAAAUCAGAUGCUGCAGUAAAAUUUAUGCAGCAAAACAGUUUUCUAAAACAAAAAGUUGAUGGUGUAUUUGACAGGUGCAUUAUUAUCAUUGUUAUUAAUGACGAAGGCCCUCAGCAGCAGAAGAAUGAAUGUUGGAGCCCUCAGAUGUACAGAACUGUUGUUGCUCUGCAUCAUUGUCCCUGUUCAUGUCAAGAUCAGUGCUUCUGUUAAUAUUUAUUGUCUCAAACACUACACGGUUCAUAUAGAGAGUGACUUAAAUGAACAUUUUGUACAUUAUGCUGGUACUUUCAGUGAAUUAUUUAUGCUUGUGUGUAUUGGCAUCAUAUUGAUACUUGUUAUCUUUAUUGUGCAGCCUUGUCAUUGUAUUAUUGUGUGGUCCAUUGCAGCAGUGUUGUGCUGUGAAUGGGAGUCAAGAUACAUGUGUUUGUAAUGUGCUGUAAAUACAGUAUAUACAGUGCCAUCUUAAUUAAGUCAAGGUUCAUCCUUUCUCUCAGUAUUGUUCUCUUAUAAUAAAUACUGUACAUUCUAUAUAAAAUCA